AUGGGUUCCAGCCAAAUCUACGGGAAGUGUCCAGCCAGUGUAGGGGUCAAGGGACCGCUUGACGAGACCAACGGCCGUGUCGCGCACCUCGGGCCGGGUACCCAGGAGGCGCUCGGCGGCGAGCGGAAUGGAUGUGGAGGAGCGCUCGGCAGGGGGCGGAAUGGAUGUGGAGGAGCGCUCGGCAGGGGGCGGAAUGGAUGUGGAGGAGCGCUCGGCAGGGGGCGGAAUGGAUGUGGAGGAGCGCUCGGCAGGGGGCGCUGCCGCCGUGGCCUCGGCCUCUGGGAGCGGCGCGGCCAGGGUUUUCCGUGUCAGCCAAGCCUGGAAUGCGGGGGUGCCUCUGGACCCUCCUCUUGGGUCUGGGGGCUGCCUCGGGCAUCCUCUACUCCUCUCCCACCUUCUGUCCUUCCCUAUCUCCCACCCACACGUGUGGGGCUCCGGACCCGCGCAGCGGCCAGAGCCUUCUGCUGUGGACCUCCAGUCCACCCCUCCCCUUCACUUCUCUUUCCAGCUCCCUCCGGGUCUCUCAGCCCCCUCCCCUUCCUCUCCGCCCCCUUCCCCGCCGUCCGCCCAGCGGUGGCCUUCGGCCCGCCCCUUCUCUCCAACCCCCUCCCUUUCCCCUUUACGCCUCCCCCUCGUCCUCCCGCCCCCUCCCACCCCAACCUGCUGGGCCCGCCGGGACUCGCCCCCCUGCCCGCUCCUCUCCUCCAGCCCCGGUCGGCCUCGGCUCGGCCCCCGGCCCGCCCCUUCCAGCCCUCGGCACCUCCCGCCGGCCGCUUGGCUCCGCCACUCGGCACUCACUGCCCGGGCCGCCUGGACAGGGAGCUUCGCUGGCGCGCUUGGCCGGCGACAGGACAGGUUCGGGACGUCCAUCUGUCCAUCCGUCCGGAGAGAAAUUACAGAUCCGCAGCCCCGGGAUGGGGCCGGCCCCGCUGCCGCUGCUGCUGGGCCUCUUCCUCCCCGCGCUCUGGCGUAGAGGUCAAGGAAGCUGAUCCGCUGAGUAAUGGCUCAGUCAUGAUUUUUAACACCUCUGCCUCACCACAUCUGUACCAAAUCAAGCAGCUGCAAGCCCUGGCUAAUUACAGCAUUGGUGUUUCCUGCAUGAAUGAAAUAGGCUGGUCUGCAGUGAGCCCUUGGAUUCUAGCCAGCACUACUGAAGGAGGUUGCAGUUUAAAAAGUUGGAAAGUCACUGGAAUAGAGAACCUACCAACAUAUUUCAUCCCUUCUAUCCUUCCAACUCCACCACGAAUCUGCCCUAUCUUGGCAGAGCUGUAUCCAGAGCCCAGGCAUGGCUUCAACUACAGCCUCUGCCAGCCAUCCCAUUGCAGUACCCAGAUCUUGUGAAGUGUUUUCACAUUUCCCCAUGGAUGCCUAGCGAGGGACUGGGACUGCCUGAUCCGCUUUGGUCAAGAGCACGUGGGUGGCCUGUGUGCAGCCUUAUCAUCAAUAAUUGCAGGACUUGGUGGAGUAUGGUUGAACAGGUGCUCAGACUGCGUGCGUGUCUAGCGAGGCCAUCCUGAAGCUGCAUGGGAGUUGUAAAAAAGUUACCAACAAGGUUUUAGUUAUUUGAAUAGGUUUUUGAAUAGAUUUGGAAUGUGGGAAGCAGUUGCAGAAAUAAACGUCUUAAUGACUAAA